GCCACAAUACGAUAAUGGUACGAUGACUUGAACUGAGUCUAUCGAUUAAAAUUAUGCAAGUACUAGACUGAUGUCACUGGUAUCCGGCUUGUUUACGAUCGUGUACACUGAACGAAGCAAGCUUCGACCCUUGUACGUUUGUACAGGGCCGGUCCGGCAUUGUAUGCGGCAGUGCAUCGGUGCAGUGCCUAUGUACCGUGUGGAGGACCGGACAUGACGUUGUAGAAGUCGUGGUCGAUGGAACCAAAUGUUAAUGAAGAAACUAGCGCUAACCAAGUCAACAUGGUCAAGUAAAUGUCGUAAUGGAUAUCUUUAUCGUUUGGACUUCCUGUAAAUAUUAUAGUAGGUUUAACACUUAUGCUGGUCGAUGAUGAAGUCGAAAACUGUUUUAAAGGAAGUUAUGAAAAUUAAAGCUCUAGCUCUGGAUAGAGAAGAGGACGAAGAAGAAACUCCGUUGAGAUGGAUGCAGAGCCGAAACCCCUCGGAAGUGGGAGGCCAGAACGCUACGAAAUUGAAGAUCAUGAUUCAGGCUCCCCGCUGACAUACACCUCGCUGAAGACAUUUGAUGCCAGCCGCAUCUUCAGUAAGAACCCUCGCAAAUAUGAUCGGCUCAUUGCCCAGGAAGAGGGCUACUCAAAAGAUGAUUCGGCGUUCUCCGACACCGAAAUCGACAUGCCCAGGUACAGGUCCUGUGAUGCCCCGAUGAGGCUGCGCAACCGAUCCAAUUCCCUCACCUCACUGGACACGGUAAUUGCCAUGCAGACUGACGUUGCUCAAGCUCAGCCUAAAGUGCCCGAGAUGGAUGACAGCAACAUAGUGGCAUCUCACCUAGCUGACCACAUGUACCGACGCUGCUCGUUAGACCACAUGGCAGAUUACUACUCCCGACGAUCCUCAGACGCAGCAGUCACGGCAAUUUGGGAACCAACAAGCCAUGGUACCUUGCAAACAUCAACCAAAACAACAGUUGAAUCUGCCGUGGCAACUUACAAGAUUGACAAGAAGACAGCUGAAAAAUUUGGUGAAGGGCACCUUUCCGAUAUCAUGAUGAAGGCAGCAUUUAAGGAAACUCUGACCUCUCCCAAGAAGGACGAGGAGAAAACCAAGGAACAACGGAUCUCUGUAGAAGGAGGACGUGCCUCACCAGCCCCGAGCAAGGAGGCCCAGGACAGACGGAUGUCCCUGCCUGAGACGGCCAAAGAUGUGGAGAAAACAUCUGUGGGUGAAGAAGUGUCUGUCAAGGUGACCUCAGUCCAUCCAGAGCCUCGCCGCCUGUUUGGCAUAGGACCACUGUACCACCCCCUUCCAGAAAUGGUAGUGGAAGGAGUGACUUCCACUGAUGGCUCGCUGGUGAACAAGAUCAAGAAGGAAGGCCUGGCCAUGGGCGCAGAGGCAAAAUCAGGGAAGAAAAAGCCACCCACAAAAGCUGAGAUCAACACCUGGGCACCCUUCUCCAUGUGAUGGCGCAGAGAGUUCCGUGUUGAUACUCAGCAUGGCAUUGGAUUGGUCCAUCCUGUCCUUGGGCAGAUAUUUUUAUAUCACGUUCAUGUUUGUUGAAUGUGUUAAAAAUAAGAAAUAAGUUUCUGAGAAAUUUGUAUCAAAUUUCACAAUGCUUCCUUUUGAUGUGAGAUUCGAAAUGAAAUGAAUGAAUUUGCCCUAAAUUCUUGAAAAAAAGAAUGCACUGAUAAAAAUGUGGAUGGACCGCUUACUUGCCGCUUUGUCCGCCAAGUUAGUUCCCUGGUCCAGUAAUACAUCCCUAUGAUAGAUGGCAGAAAUGCAAACACUUCUCAUGAGAAGUUCUGAGCUAAUUUAUAAGCCUGCUGUCUGUGAAGUAUCUUUUGUGUUUUGUCUUUUCAUCAUUCAAAAAUGAUAUGACUGUUGAAUAUUGAUUGAAUGUUUAUUAGAAUUGAAUGUAAUGCAUGUAUGCUUUCUCUGAAAUGCAUGAUAUUUCCAAGUGAUGAAAAAUGUCGCAAAUAUCGUAAAAUUUAUUAUGUACCACAUAAAUAUGGCUUUUAAAAGUCACAUAAUAAAGUGUCAUGUUGAAUGUUUUGUUUUGCCUUACUGUUAAAUGCUUUUAAACAAGACCAAACAUAUCUUAUUGUUUAACAGAAUAAAAAUUGUUUGGUUGAUUUCCUAGUAUAUGAUGUAAGCACUCAGCUUUUGACAUUACAAAUUUACAAAGUUGUGGCUAAAUACCCGGGUUGCAUUUUGGCAGGGCCCACCAAGAAUUUGUUCCAUUGUUUCUCUUUGGUGUGAACAUUUGGGUAACUUUAAUAUGGCAAGAAUUCUGCGUGAUGAUGUAGUAGUCAGGUACCCAAACAAAUUAACUAAAGAGAAACAAAUCAAUUUUGGGUAUCAUUGUGAAAAUGUACAACAGCACUUAGAAAAGUGCAUGUGUUGUUAUUUUUUUUUGUCAGUGAAGCAGAAAUUUCUGAAGCCUGAGUGUGAGGAAAAAUGGUCUUAAAAUCGUCUUCAUGUCAUCAAGUGCAUAGAGAUUAUUCCAGUAUUUUGAAAUGUUUACUUUUAUCUUUUGUAAAUGAUUCAAAAAUAAAUUAGAUCAAAUUAGUCAAAUACAAAAACGACAUGAGCAACAGAGUUUAUAUUGCUAAACAUAAACCAAGCCAUGAAAAAGAUUUAAAUAUACAAAGAUAUGUAAUUUAAUGUUGCUUUUAAAAUAUAAGCCUGGAUUGCUUUAAUUGUAUUGUUUUGAUGUAUGGUCAUUUUAAUUGCAUUUGUUAUAGAAAUUUAAAAUACAAACACAGCACUGGCUUGUGCGUGUUUUAUUUUCACAGUUUACUUUCAAACCAAAGCAAAUAUUCAAAGUGGCAUUUCCUGUAAUUUUUUUCACAAUAUAAAAUUGUGUCCUGUAACACUGCCAAUGUCUGGAAUUGUCUAAUUUUGACUGGUCACCUAUGCACAAAUAUUUCCCGGGUACCAUGCAAAACCAACCAUUGGUUGACCAAUGGCUGCCGACUAAACUUGCCGGUCGUUACUAAUCCUUUCCUGUAUGUCCCCUGUCCAAAGCUGCCAUAAUAAAUUCCUUGAUAUGAUCUUGCCUAAUGUUAUUUUUGUGUGAUACUGAGCCUAGGUGUCAGUGUUCAAUAUCAGGACUGCUUCAGAUUUGUUUCUGUUCUAAGAAUACAUACAUAUUAAAACGUGUUGUGUUAUUGAAUAGUGUUGGAUUCGUUGACUAAAUGCGUUCAAAACCUUCAAUGAAAUCGUCAGUCUACAAGUGGCAGUUUUCCAGUGAAAUUGAGAGUGGUUAGGUAUUGGGGACAUGGCCCAGUGCAUGAAGUAUUGGGGAUUUAAUUGGAAACUGGGUCAAAAUUAGGCUGCAUCCAGCCUGGAAGGUUUAAGCGCGCAAUAAAAGCCAAUUCGAGGGUGCUAUGCACAGUUUACAAGCAACAUACAUGUGCGUGUAGCUUUGUGAUGCCUGAGGACACUUGCCAUAAUUAUGUACGGGAAGGGUUUAUUUGCCAGACAAAAUAACAUGUCUGGUGCUUUACGGACCAGCGUAUUUUUCACUUGUACGUGGAGGUAGGAAUGCUGUUUUACAUAAAUGCGUAAAAUAAAUAGAAAAAUCUGUGUAAAUAAUGAACAAAUAAAUCUCCAACAAAACCCAUCA